AUGGCAGCGUCUUACGCUGUGAAUAUACAUCAGUCUUCAAUGUACAAACAACAAAUGACAAAACAAUGGCAAGUCGACUCAACUAGAAAAAAUCUCGGUGUCCCCAUUCCAUUUGAGGGAAGUAUACAGCGCAUACAAUGCAAAGCCACUAAUGUAUUGGUGGUUGAAAAAGAGGGAAAGGGGUAUCCGUGCUACCAGGAUGUUGCAACAAGAUACCUCUUGAAUAUGAUAUCCACCGCAAAUAGAUGUUGCGCCAUGUCAGAUAUCGCUAGUCAUACAAUUAAAAUUUGGAGCCUAAUAGACGGAGAUCCGCAUGGAAUCGACAUUCAUGUCGUAUACAAGUGGGGUGGACGGUCAAAGUAUCACCACAAUGAAAUAUUGACCUGCCCAGAUAUACAAUGGCUAGGAAUACACUCUCAGGACUUGAAAAGCCGUGAACUUUCCUACAUUUUGCAUCAAAAUGUUAAAUAUGAGCUAGAGGCUCUAUGUUCGAUUGAUAACCAGGGGCUGUUGUUAUACCUUCAAAGGAAGAUAUGGCAAGAACAACUUUGAACAGCUGC